AUGAGCCAAGAAGACGUCCGGGAAUUUUUAAGAAGCAUGGGUUUUGCCGAUGAUCUGAUUGAUGAAGCAUACGACAGGUACCAGAAUUGAGAUAAAGUUGCUGACUUUUUGUUAGAUAAUGCUAAUGCUAUCCAUAAUCAUGAAGCUGAAAGGAAAAACAACUCACAUAGACCCGCGAUUAGAAUUGGACCUCCAGAGUUACCGCAGAAAAUAAGAGCUAGUUGGUUGAUGCUAAUUAUUUAAGCCGCUACUUCCACUAUUGGUAUUCUGCUAUGCUCGAUUUGAAUUAAGUGAAAUCCCACCUCUGGUACUAUUGAGCUAGGCCGAAGCCCAAAUUUUUUCGGUUGUCCUAUCCUGUUGAGUCCGCAAGUAUUUCAGGCAUCCCAUUUCCAAAUCAGUCCCUUUGCCCUUAUUACACCAUCUCCUGCCUUCGACUCCUGGCCAGAUCCUACGUUUAAGGGAAUCUUUGCUAGAAAGACUGUCUAAUUUGCUUUCCUUUUUUAUAUCAUCCUUAAAUAAGUAAGUCGCCCUGAUAGCUUGGGUGUUGCUGGCAAGAAGAAGUCUCAAGUAAUUGCCCUUUGGAUCUGACCACAAAAACUACUGAUUUGUGCUUAAGUCCCUCGCUUCAGUACACCAGAUACUGCUAUGCAAAAAUCGUGGCCCCAAAGGCAAUGCCCAAAUAUGUACAGAAAACCGUCCAUGAGAGUUCGGAUUAUCACUUGCCAUUUUAUAUAUAUAGAACAUAAGAGCAAUAGAGGAAAGGCGAACUCGAAAAAUCAUUAUUCACUUAAAAGGUAAAAAUUAUCCUUUGCAGGCUGUCAACCCUGAAAAGGAAUUACGAUUGAAUGAGCUAUACUUUGAUCAACCUAUUUAUUUAGAUCGGCACGAAUUUCCUGGAAUUGAUGAGAUAGAGCGGAACAACUCCCAUAGAGAGUUUUUAGUCUGCAAACUAAGUGAAGACAAUACCGAUGACUACACAAAAAAGAUGUUUCGAGCCUUUAAAUCCUUAUUAUGCAUCUUUUCUAUGAUUAUGACAUAUAAAAUUAGCAGUAAAUAUUAAAGGAACACUAAAUCAAUUUAUUAAAUAAAAAAUAUUUAUUUUAAUUUUUAAUAAUUCGAAAAAUCUGACUUAUAAAUUUUGGCUUGGAAAGGGCAAAUUAUUUUUUUCCCAAAAAUUAAAUUUUAGGAAUUUAAUAAACCAUAGUUUUUUGGUCAAAAUGGUAAAUAAUAAAAUAAAUAAUUAAGUCCUUGCAAAAAGAAAAUAUAUUAUUCAGAAGGUUAAAUAUUAACGAAAUAAUUACCACAUCUACUAGAAAUAGUAUAACAAAAACUUACGAAAGAGAAGCUGAGCGGCGAAUAAUAAUUUCAAAUCGUUACGCUUAUGAGCGAAAAUCUAUAUUUUUAAUAUGUCAUAAAAGUGAGUAUACAGGAUUCGGAGAAGUCAUCAGAAAUACAGGCUAUGAUUUUUGUUUAUUUGAAAUCCCUUGCAGACUGUAUAAGAAAUAAAAUGGUGUCGUAUGACGGAGUUGAGCUCCGAGGCGUCUCACCCAUUUUGGGCAAGGCAGGGCUCCACAAAUCCAUUCGACCGAAGUAUGACCGGGAUGGGGUCUAGUAGGGCAUGGAGAAGGAGUCUCUUGUCCUCCCCGGGUGAAGUUUUAUUUCUCCUCCGUAGGUUUUGUCCUACUACCUAGUCCUUCUCUGUCGGGACUAGCGGAGCGCCCAGGUGGGCUAACCCUUGGGUUGGAGUGGUUCAGACCGGAAAACCAAGUAAGCAAUGGGAAGAGGAAUUUCCCGCUUGGAGCCGAGACGGGGCAAAGGCUAGCGUGACAAACGCUUAUGGCCAGUUUAACAAUUUAACAUUUAACUUGCAGACUGUGGUAUAAUACAGUCGAUCCUCUAGAGCUGCAAUUAGAAGAGUUUAAGGAAAGGGAAAAGCUGCUUAUAAGAAACCUAAAUUACCUUCAGAAUAAGCUGCAACAAAAAAAAGGAAGAAUUCGUGAAUUAAAAACUAAAGUAAUGUAUGGAUAA